AGGAGCGAGGGUGGUGGAGGAGGAGGAGGUGGUGGAGGAGGAGAGGCGGCGCUGCUGCUGCACGGCGCAAGGGAGGGCGGCUUGCUCCGUGCAACUCUGCGUGUGUCUGUAUGUAUAUAUAUGUGUGUGUGGGUUUGUGUGUGCAGUAGCAGAUUGCAAGCGCUUCAUCUCCACGUUGUGGAGGCAAGAGAGAGGCAACUGGCGCAUUGGAAAACAUAACUCAGACACGCUCCCCUCUCUCCUAUCUCCCUCCCACAUUACUCAAAACAAGCCAGCAGCCACGCCGAUUCGGCUCAGCUCAACUCGGUUCCCUCCCCCGGUGGCCAAGCUUCUUUUGGAAAGCCUCUUGGCGUACAGAAUCAUGAUGAGGUAUUUGUUUUGAACUUGGAGCUGCCUUGAACAUAGUCGAAAGUUACCGGGGUUACAUUUGGUGAGGUGUCACCUUUAUGCUGGAGUGAAGGCCCGGUGGAGGUGGGGUGAUGGACUGUUAAAUAUGCACUCAGAAUGUAGUGACUAUUCAACCCUUGGGGGUCUGAACGGAAUGUCUGUGGAUGAGAAGCCUGAAUCGCCCAUGUAUGUGUAUGAGUCAACAGUGCAUUGUACAAAUAUCCUCCUGUGCCUCAAUGCCCAGCGCAAGCAGGAUAUCCUCUGCGAUGUGACCGUAACGGUGGAGAGGAAGGAAUUCCGUGCCCACCGCGCUGUCCUGGCGGCAUGCAGUGAAUAUUUCUCACAGAAUUUGAUCGGGCAAACAGAACAUGAGCUGGUUAUCACACUGCCUGAGGAGGUCACCGCUAGAGGAUUUAGCCCAUUGUUGCAGUUUGCCUACACUGCGAAGCUAUUACUCAGCAGGGACAACAUUCAAGAGGUCAUGCACUGUGCUCAGGUCCUGCACAUGAACAAUCUGGAGGACUCCUGCUUUCGUUUUCUUGAAGCUCAGCUCUUCAAUGAGAAAGAUGGUUUCAUUUUUUACACCAAAGUGUCACCUUUCCAGCAGUCUGAUGAACAAGAAGUUGGGAACUCCGAAGGUGAGGAAGAGCACAUGCAGUCAGAGACUCAUAAGAUCACCUGUUCUAAGGAAAGAAUAUGUGAUGAGACACUUGGAUGUGAGGCAUCUCCAACGUUACCUGAGAAGGAACCCGCUGUGAUAUCUAUUCCCAUUACAUCAAGUGAUGAUAUGGGACGCUGCCCAAAAUACAGGAAAUAUCAACUAGCUUGCACAAAGCAUAUCAAUAGCACACCACAUACUAGUACCUCAGGUUUUCAAAGCACAUUUAAAGAAGACCGCCCAGUCCAUGCCCAAACACAAGGAUACAGCAAGGCACAGGUAAAAAUAGAACCGCAUGUACCGGAAACCGCUGGAGACAAGCAUUUGUCUGGAGCUGACUCAAAUGCAAUGGAACAUGUUAUAAUUGAUAAGGAAAUAGAUCUUAAACAGUUGAGUCCAAUGUGUGUUGACAGACCUAAAAGUAGAACGCCCCCUUGUUCGAGAUUCACAAAAAAGACUGAUAUGGAAUCUACUGAGAGACAAAGCCCACUGCAACAAACCUUCAACACCGGAACAUCUUGUUCCCUUGAAGAGGGAAUGACUCAGGGUGACCUCAAAACAGAAUACAGGCCUUACAGUGCGAAUCCUGGACUGUCUUGCAUGCCUCAAAAAGAUUGCAGAAGCUUUAUUGCUGGACCAUCUUGUGAAGUGAUUUGCAAGCAAGAACUGGAAUCUGACAGAAAGAGCGUAAUAUUUUCUUCUGGUACCUUGGACACUCCUGCUGCACAUUCAUAUCCUGGUGGGAGUUCACUAGAAACCGAGCUCACUGAACAUGUGCCAAAGGGUUUGUGGACUGGUACUAGCCAGUCACUCCCAUGUUCACAGACUUGUCCUUCUACUGAACUUUCAAUGGAGCCUUUAUUACCACUGAAUUCAUGUAGCAUUCGAUCCACUUGUAACACCAGCUGCCCAGUGCCAAUUAAAGUGUGCCCCCGAUCCCCUCCAUCUGAGACCAGAACCAGAACCUCAAGUUCCUGCUCCUCCUACUCCUUUCCUGAAGAUGGAAGUGGUGGUUCUCCUUGCAGUUUGCCUCAGUUUGAAUUGUCCACAUCUCCCUGUUCACAAGGAACGCGCUUUCUAUCUGCAGAGCAGCAAGACCUCGGUAUGAUGGGGGAUGCAAUGUAUAGUCAAUGUAAACCACCUUUAAAAUGUGAACAGUCGUACGUCACCAACUCAAGUGAUGAGUCUGGGUCAUUUUCAGAAGGGGACAGUGAGUCCUGCUCGACUCGGGAGCAAGGAAAUGAGGUCAAACUCCCCUUUCCAAUAGAUCAAAUCACAGAUCUUCCAAGGAAUGAUUUCCAAAUGAUGGUCAAGAUGCACAAAUUAACCUCUGAGCAGUUAGAAUUUAUCCAUGAUGUCCGCCGGCGUAGUAAAAACCGGAUUGCAGCCCAGCGUUGUCGGAAGCGAAAACUCGACUGCAUUCAGAACUUGGAAUGUGAAAUUCAUAAGUUGCUUUGUGAAAAAGAAAAGUUGCUGACAGAAAGGAACCAGCUGAAUGCUUGCAUGGGAGAACUGUGGGAUAACUUCUCAUGCCUUUGCCAAGAAGUGUGUGGAGAUGUCCAAUUAAGCCCGGAACAAAUGCAGACAUUUUGUCCAGUCUUUCGGCCAGUGGAUGAGCCUGCAGCUACGGGUAGCACCAUCUCGCCCCCUGAUGGAUUGGAGCGGAAGUUUCAGAAAACGCAGUGCACUGGAGAUGGUGUGCAAUGUUGCUCAGAGCAAGCAGGAUCCCAUCAUCAAGACCAGUGGCCGUGCGGCCACAAUGCAGAAGUAUGCACAGCGGGAAAUAUGCAGAGGCUGCUUGACCAAGGAACGUGCUUGGAGAAGAGGCCCUCUUUUGAACAGUGCAGUCAAACUGUGACGGUAGAUUUCUGCCAGGAAAUGGCUGAUAAAUGUACAACUGAUGAACAGCCUAGGAAAGACUGCACCCAGUGACUGAUUCGUUCUUCCCUUUUUUUGUUGUUUUUUUUUUAAAUAAGCAGGAGGUUCACGAUCAGGAUGCAGACAACAUUCAUCUGUUGAUGCUUUUCUCUUUGAUGCACACUACAACAGUCUUAAUCAGCAGCAAUGCUCUGUCCAGGUAUUACUCCUCACAACAGCCGAGGUUUAUCCUCUCAUUGGUGCUAUACCUUGCUUGUGCAGGGAACAUGACAGUGAUAAUGACGCUGUUAUUUUGUUAUGAUUAUUAAUUAUUGUUGUAAGGAGUUUGGCCUUCAUUCUCAAAAAAGAAUGUCAGCCAGCAUCUCAUUUUACCUUGAAGGACCCUACAAAAAAACUCAGUUAUAUCUUUCAACACGUUCAGUGGCUCAUGUCACACACCAACUCAGGAAAUCUUCUGAAUGUUCAACAUGACUCAGUAACAUUAAAGAUGGUUUCUCAUCUAAUAUCUGCACACUGUAAAAUGUACUCCUGCAUCCUCUGUUUUAAUUCAUUAUUAUACUGGAACUCUAUGUUUGCCUUGUACAAAGAAUCUGGUUACAACAUUCCCAUUUUGCCUUCUGCAGAACCUGACCGGAACUUUUAAGAUAUUAGUCAGUUAGAUUUUCACACUUGAGCAAUAUCACCUUCUUUGUACUUA